AUGGCGACGCGACGCGCGCGGGCGAUCGUCGUCGUCGCGUGCGUCGCGUGGGCGAUCGCGAGCGGGGUCACGCGCGCGGACGCGCUGUGGGGACGUCGCGGGGGGGGGGCGAACGCGGCGAGCGCGGGCGCGGCGGACGAUCGGCGCGUGUGCUUCGUCGCGGCGACGGUUCCGUGGACGUUCGGCGCGUACCAGGCGCAGGCGCUGGGACUCUCUAAAGCGUUCGCGGAUAAUGGGUACGAGACGUUUUGGAUGCCGCGCGUGCCGGGGGUGCGGUUGCCUCCGGGCGAGUACGCGGAUUGGCGCCGCGCUCGCGAACGCUUCGCGGGCGACGUGCGCGCGCCGACGAAAGCGGAGCAAAAGGCGAUGGAGCACCUGACGUUUUUGGGCGUGCCGGACGUGCACGCGCCGUACGCGCGGAUAAACGAGCUGUCGAUGACGAUGAAGCAGGUGAACGAGGCGUCGUCGACGCACCGACUGGACGCCUUCGUGUUGCUCAUGGAUAUCGGACAAAUGUAUUUCGAUGGGUACGAUUUCGCCGUGCCCGUGGUUUUGUGGAUGCCGUAUCACCACGAAGAAGCGGACGCGUCGGUGGCGGUGGUCCGGACGUACUCGGGCGUGGCGGCGUUGUCCGACACCACGGGUCGCGCGAUCGCGACGGAGCAGCCGCUCACGCGCACGAUUCCUCAUUUUAUCGAUCGCGCGUCGCUCAACGCGCUCGCGGACUCUUUCGAGACGAAACUGAAAAUCGCCGACGAUGUCAAAAAUAGACGCAAAGUCAUUCGCCGCGCGGUGUUUGAUUCUAAAAAGUACGACAGAAUGUUCUCGAGGAGCAUCGACGAAGUCGACGACGACACCUUCUUGGUGCUCAUGCAAGGUGGCAACUACGAAAACUCUGACAGGAAAGGAUGGGUGGCGUCAAUCAACGCGUUCGCUGAAUUUCAACGAGCGAACCCGAAAUUAAAGACGCACCUCUGGAUUCAUACGGUGGACAGCGCUAUGACGCAAAACGAUCUGAACCACAAGAGCAAGCCGCCCGUCGCGGUUUUGCGAACGGGUAUAUCCCUACGUGCCGCGCUUCAACGCGCACAAAUUCCAUCGAACAUGUACACGCUGGAUGAGAAUUUGCACGACAAGGUUUUCACGUCGGCACUGAAAAGACACGCCGACGUGUGUUUGCACACGUCGAAAUCGGAAGGUUUCGGCAUGGUCGUCCUCGAGUGCCAAGCGCUGGGUACGCCCGUAGUGACGACGAACUACACCGCGAUGCGCGAUUACACCAAAUAUGGGUUAGCGGUCGAAAUUGGGGCACGUGAAUCGAUACAAGGUGCGUAUUUCGCAGCGCCGAGCGUACCGGGCGGCGCCGCGGCUUUGACGGCUAUUGCCACGGGCGCGGCAAGUCUUCCUCUGGUCGAAGACGUGUACAAGUGGAUCGAUGAAGAGCUUUCCUUGAGCGCGGUCUUUACAAAGUUCGAAUCUCUCCUCGGCGAAGCCAAGAUUGCGCACGCAAAGCGUACACCGUGGAGCCAAGUCGACACGUACAAAACUAGACCGCUCUUCACCGUGACCACCGAUGAAUAUCCGAGACUCGCGACGUGGGACACUCCUUGGACGCUGUACCACCAUCCGGGCGUCGAAGUUGAUUACGAUACGAUUCAGCGGAUGUUGAUUCAAGCGACAAGUUCAGGAGAUUAUUACGUCAUCGCCGUGGCUCAGACGCGAAGAGAAGGCGUAUUACUGCCGUUCGAUCCUCAAGAUGGUGUGCACAACAUCAACCCGUACCACGUCGCUAUCGUUCGCACGUGGAUGCUCAGGCAGUUUCAAGAGGCGAACAGUUAUAUAUGGUCAUCCGUGUAUCAAAUCAUGCAAACGUGCGGCGAUCACAAGUUUUUCUUGCCGCUUCCGGAGGGGCUGGCGAACAUCAAGCCAAACCUGGAUCCGGAGAUCGCGAGCCGCGACGAGCUGUAG